GACUUGACAAUUGAACUCGUCGUGGAGCUCGGAUAAGAUGGCAUCAACGGAAUCGACAGCAGGGCCGGCCGAUGGUUUGGCGCCCUCCCAUAUCUACGUCCCUAAUCAAGGCUACAUGAACGCCGAUGGCAGCGUCCCCGCGCUGGCGGGGCAAGAUCCGGCACAACCAGAGGAAGGCGAGGAAGACGACGAGUACUACGAUGACAUUUUUGAGGAGGAAAUGAACGAGGAGGAAUUCACAUCGUCGAAUAAUGAUGACCUGACGAAAGGCUACAACCGACAGCGCAAAGUGAACGAACUUGCCGCAGACCCUAAUGCACCGAAAUGGACGUACCCCAAGACCAACACGCAGAAGCCCACGGUGAACACAUACGCUUCCGUCGAUGACCAGAUUAACACCUUGACUCGUCAUACUGGGAAGAUCAAGCUUGAUGAUAUGCAAUCGGGGAUGGCGGUCCGUGGUGACCGGGGCGGCGACAGGGCCGACAGAGCAACGUCUGAGCAGGUGCUGGACCCGCGCACACGGAUGAUUCUCCUCCAGAUGAUAAACCGCAACAUCGUCUCAGAAAUCCACGGCUGCUUAUCGACGGGUAAAGAAGCCAACGUCUACCAUUCCAUCUUCCAUCCGGAGACCGACGAAGACGAAGAGCCCCCAACCAUCCACCGCGCAAUCAAAGUCUACAAAACCAGUAUCCUCGUCUUCAAGGACAGAGACAGGUACGUGAGUGGUGAAUUCCGAUUCCGCUCCGGAUACAACAAGAGCAACAACCGGUCAAUGGUAAAGGUCUGGGCAGAGAAGGAAAUGCGCAACCUCCGCCGUAUCUAUGGCGCUGGUAUACCCAGCCCAGAACCAAUCCAACUCCGCCUGCAUGUCCUUGUCAUGGGUUUCAUCGGUACCUCCAAGGGUCGGCCGGCGCCCCGUCUCAAGGACGUUGAAUUCGACGUCCCCGAGCCUGAGACACGCUGGCGCACGCACUACAUGGAGUUGCUGGGUUACAUGCGCGUGAUGUACCAGACAUGUCACUUAGUCCAUGCCGAUUUGAGCGAGUACAAUAUUCUCUACCACAAGGAGAAACUCUACAUUAUCGACGUCAGUCAAUCCGUUGAACACGACCACCCGCGCAGCUUGGAAUUCCUGCGCAUGGAUAUCAAGAACGUCAGCGACUUCUUCCGCAGAAAGGGUGUCGAUCCACUACCUGAACAAACAGUUUUCAAAUUCAUCAUCUCGCCUGAAGGCCCCGCAACAAUCACAGAGACGAACGACGAGAUGUUCGAGGCGAUUGAGAAAUUCUACGAAGCGCGCGAGAACCAAGCAGACGAGAACGAGCAAACCGCAGAAGCAGAGGUUGACGCUGCCGUCUUCCGCCAACAAUAUAUCCCUCAAACACUUGAACAGGUGUACGACAUUGAGCGCGAUGUCGAGAAGGUCCGCGCAGGCGAGGGAUCAGAUCUCGUCUACCGUGACCUCUUAGCCAAGCACCGACCCAAGGAAGGCGAAGACAAGUCCGGCUCGGAAUCCGAGGGCGGCGUCUCCAUGUCCGGAGGCUCCGACGCCGAGUCAGGGGAUGAAUACGAAGAUGAAGAGAAAACGCCUCGCGGAAAGCGCUUCCUGGAUAAGGACAUAAAACGCGAGCACAAGCAGAAGGUUAAGGAGGAGAAGCGGGCGCAGAGAGAGAAGAAGAUGCCGAAGCACAUGAAGAAGAAGAUGGUUUCUUCUUCGUCGAGGAGGAAGAAGUAGUCGAGUUGCAUUUUCUAUAUAUCUGUAUCUGGGAAUGGAUUUGGGUUAUGGUAGAUAAAAGUUUCGAUAUGAAUACUCUGAUAUAUACUUUUCUCGGUCUCGGUCUUUCUAUGUUGCCAGGAUAUUAAUGAUGUUGAGCGGUGUCUACCGGGGUUUCUGAAUUAACUCAAGGAUUGGUAUCGACAGUAUAAAGUUCCUGAGGAGAAGGGGGAGAAUGAGAUUGGGUUGGAUGGUGAGGCGAAGGAUCAGGGGUAUGCUUUGCUGUGCACUGUUGUCUAAUUCUAAUCUGUAGCUGGGAUAUGCUGACUGAUGGUGUCCAG